UACAUAAUGUAGGUGUAAUCUUUCAAUGAACGAUUUUUCAUCUUUUUUAAGUAAUAAUAGUGAAGUUGGCAAUAGUUUAAAUACGUAUUCGGAAUUAAUGCAAUGCAAAAUCCAGUCAUCAUGAAGUCUUUGUAUAACAGGAAUACAGAACGAUGACGAUUUCUUGGUAAGAGCAAUACUGCUUGACUGAACAAACCGUCACAAUUAUCAUGGAAAAUGAGAAGCAGCCGCUUCUAUCUGAAGAUAGUAGCGAUACAUCGGAUGUUAUCAACACCGAAACGAACUCAGUUUUUCUUACAACACGUAGUCAAAAUGUUGUCAUUAAUACAGACGAGUCGGUGCCGAGAACCAAGGUUUAUAAACGUCGUUGGUAUGUUAUGGUGAUAUUCUGUCUAUUUGCCAUGUCGCAGGGCGGAUCAUGGAGUAUAUAUGGUCCAAUAUCAGCCACAACAGAGGACGCAUUUGGUUGGAGUGAUUCAAAUAUAGCGUUGCUUACGGCAUGGGGACCAAUAGCGUAUUUAAUAACAACCUUUCCAUUCGCUUGGCUGAUAGAAACGAAAGGGAUCCGUGUUGCAUCAUUAACAGCUACAUUUCUGACUCUAAUGGGGGCAGUUGCGAGAUGUAUUACAACAGAUCCAGCAUACGUCACGUGGACAAGUAAUAUUGGGCAGUUACUGAAUGGUUUAGCUGGACCAAUAGCCUUUGGUGCUCCACCAGUACUGUCAGCCUUAUGGUUUCCAGCUAAUGAAAGAACGACUGCAACUGCACUGAAUACAGUUUUAAACAGUGUAGGGUCUGCUCUAACGUUUACAUUGGGACCACAUUUAGUGCUGUUUAGAGGUUCUUGUCAUGUCAAUGAUACAACAAGUAAUACAAGCAGUCAUUUUUAUGGGAGUAUCACAAAUAACUGCACGAAUCAAACAAGAAUAUUAGCUGAACGUCACGACAUCAGCAGAUACAUGCUCUACGAUUUGUGCUUCAUAGGGAUUGCAUUUGUCCUGAUGUUAGUAUACUACCCAAGGAAACCAGACCUCCCACCGACGGUGUCAGCCUCACUGGCACGUUUAGAUUUUCGUUCUGGUAUAAAAGAUCUGAUCAGAAAUGUAAAGUUUUGGUUGAUCUGCCUGACGUUUGGUGUUUCACAAGGUGUAUUCAGUAGCUGGCAAGGAGUUUUAGACGUUAAUUUGAAGCCUCACAAUAUUUCCCAGAAUGAAGCCGGGUGGCUUGGCUUCUACUCAUUGAUUGCGGGAUGUUUUGCAUCCCUCGUUUUUGCUAAGUUUUCCGAUGUAUUUGCACGCCAUAUGAGAUUAUUUUUGUUAUUCCUGUACAUAUGUGCUUCCGGUUGUUUUGUAUGGUUUAUAUUUCUCGUUGAAGGUGUUAUUCAAAGUUCUACAGUUAUGUUAUACACAUCAAUUAUAAUGGGGACAAUGUUCCUGACGUCAACAAUGCCACUAUUCUUUGAAAUGGCGUGUGAAGCAGCUUAUCCGGUUCCUGAGGGCAUCACUAAUCUUGUGUUGACACUUAGCAGCAAUAUUGGUGGACUUAUAUUCCUUGUCAUACAAAUGAUACCAAAUAUAGGUACAAACUGGGCCUCCUGGUGCAUGCUGGGUGGUAUAGUAUCAUGUAUACCGGUGUUGGCCUUACUUAAAGAACGUUACAAUCGCCUGGAUGUCGACGAGACUGAAAAGAAAGUGGAUCAAUAGUUUUGCAGCAGAUAUCUUCUAGUUGUCUCUCUUUGAUUAUUGUAUGAAUGAUAAAAUUAACAAAUUUAGGAUUUAGGUUGUAUGAACAAAGCGCAAAUCCAAUUUUAACACUAUGAUUGAAUCAUAAUCUUAACUUUUAUUACACAGCUAUAAGCUAUUACUAUGUAUCAUACUGAGCGUUUUAAAUAUU